UUUUUUUCGGCUAAGGAUUUUUGCAAAAGAGUGAAUGAAAUAGCAAAGUUUUUGUUGGCGUCUAGUUAAAUUUCAUGCCUGUAACGCAAAAUAUUGUGCAGCAGAAGAGUUUGGUGCAACAGUGAAAUCGGACGAAGCUUUCUCUUGUUUACAAACACGUGUAGAGUAAUCUCAAUUCAAUUGUUUCGUAGUUUCAGUACUCUGCAAUUAAAUAUUGAUCUUUGUUAAAAGUAACAACAAAAUAAAAAAUUAUUUACCAUGCAGAACAUUGUAGUCAAAGACAUAUUUGAAAGCUUUAACGACCAUCUCAACAAGGAACAAGAACUUCGUGAGCAAAUUCGCGAGAUAGUCCGUGAAAUCGAUUAUGCGGCCAAGGAAGCAACUAUUGUACUGCAGGUUAUUCAUAGCAGCCUAACGGAUGUUCCGACUGCUUGCAGUAAUGCUCGCGUUCACUUCGAAACUUGCAGUAAUGGUUACCAACGGUUGGCCGCUCUGAUUCCAGCAGGACAGUACUACCGAUACAAUGAUCACUGGCACUUUCUUACCCAGCGGGUAGUUUUCCUGGUUGCGCUUACAGUCUACUUAGAAAAGGAGGAUCUUGUGAGCAGAGAUGCAGCAGCCGAAAUUUUGGGAAUGAAAACCAAACAAGCCGAUGGCUUUCAUUUGGAUAUUGAAGAUUAUCUUGUGGGCGUUCUUCAAAUGGCGUCCGAAUUGAGCCGUUAUGCAACAAAUUCGGUAACAUUGGGAGAUUACGAGCGUCCAUUGAAAAUUUCAAAAUUUGUUGCCGACGUUAACUCUGGCUUCCGUUUACUGAAUAUGAAAAACGAUGCUCUGCGUAAGCGAUUUGAUGCGCUGAAGUACGAUGUUAAGAAGAUUGAGGAGAUCGUCUAUGACAUAUGCAUUCGAGGGCUGCGCGUCGAUUCUGGAUCAACACCUGCGGUCAGUGAGUCUACUGCAACCGCCGAAACAGAAAAGUAACGUAAGGUUUUUAUAGAACUGUAAGUUUGUGCAUAUUGGAGUUUUUUCUUCUAAUGUAACUAGCUUUUGAGCAAAACUAUACAGUCUUUUCUCGAAGAUUUAAUACUAUUUUCACAAGUUGAGACCAAAUGGCAGCUUCAAGAGCUUCACAUCUGAUCAAUUCAUCAAUUCAUUCCAUCGAAUUCACCUAAAAUAAUAAAUUUGCGUUAAUAAUAAUUUGCGAUAAAACCAAUAAUUUUCUCAUGGUUCAA